AUUUGAAUAGAUGCGCCGUCGCCCCGCUGCUGGUGCCGACUCAGUGCGCUGCCUGUCGAGCAGUGAGCAGCACAGCAGCCAGACGGACCCGGAGGAAGAGACAGACCGGUAAUCCUCCACGCCCAGAGACCUGCAGCCUCCUCGCCUCACCUCUCAGUUUCAGGUUCCACGCCGAUUCAGGUCAACAUGGCCGCCACCGUGCCCAUCUCUCCAGAGGAGCAGGAGGAACUGAGAGAGGCCUUCGCCAAGAUUGAUGUGGACAACAACGGAUUUAUCAGCAAAGACGAGCUGACCGAGCUGUUCAGGGCCGCUAACCUGGCUCUGCCGGGCUACAAGAUCCGAGAGAUCGUCCAGGAGCUGACCAAGACCAGCAACCAGCUCACCUUCGAUGAGUUCACUCAGAUCGUUCAGGGGCUGAAGAGCAGCGAGGUGGCGAAGACCUUCAGGAAGGCCAUCAACAAGAAGGAGGGGAUCUGUAACGUGGCAGGAACCUCGGAGCAGUCUGGAACCCAGCACUCCUACUCAGAGGAGGAGAAGGUGGCCUUUGUGAACUGGAUCAAUAAAGCUCUGGAGAAGGACGCGGACUGUAAACACAUCCUGCCGAUGGAUCCCAACAACAACGACCUGUUCACGGCUGUGGGAGACGGGAUCGUUCUCUGUAAGAUGAUCAACCUGUCUGUGCCUGACACCAUCGAUGAGAGAACCAUCAACAAGAAGAAGCUCACGCCCUUCACCAUCCAGGAGAACCUGAACCUGGCUCUGAACUCUGCGUCGGCCAUCGGCUGUCACGUGGUCAACAUCGGGGCUGAAGACCUAAAGGAGGGCAGGCAGCACCUGGUCCUGGGUCUGCUGUGGCAGGUCAUCAAGAUCGGACUGUUCGCAGACAUCGAGCUCACCAAGAACGAAGCUCUGAUCGCUCUGCUGCGUGAUGGGGAGAGUCUGGAGGAUCUGAUGAAACUUUCCCCUGAAGAACUGCUGCUACGCUGGGCCAACUAUCACCUGGAGGAGGCCGGCUGCGGCAAGAUUAACAACUUCAGCUCUGACAUCAAGGACUCCAAGGCGUACUACAACCUCCUGAACCAGGUGGCACCCAAAGGGGACGAGGAGGGGAUCCCCCCCAUCGCCAUCGACAUGUCGGGGAUCAGGGAGAAGGAGGACCUGAAGCGGGCCGAGUGCAUGCUGGAGCAGGCCGAGCGGCUCGGCUGCAGGCAGUUCGUCAUGCCGACGGACGUCGUCCGUGGCAACCCCAAACUCAAUUUGGCUUUCGUGGCCAAUCUGUUCAACAAGUACCCCGCCCUGAAGAAACCCGAGAACCAGGACAUCGACUGGAGCUCCAUCGAAGGUGAAACCAGGGAGGAGCGAACCUUCAGGAACUGGAUGAACUCGCUGGGGGUCAACCCUCGUGUCAACCACCUCUACGCAGACAUUGAUGAUGCCCUGGUGAUCUUCCAGUUGUAUGAGAAGAUCAAGGUACCCGUGGACUGGGACAAAGUCAACAAGCCUCCGUAUCCUAAACUGGGCAGCAACAUGAAGAAGCUGGAAAACUGUAACUACGCCGUGGAGCUGGGAAAGAAGGAGGCCAAGUUCUCUCUGGUGGGCAUCGCGGGUCAGGACCUGAACGCAGGGAAUCGAACCCUCACCCUCGCUCUGCUCUGGCAGCUCAUGAGGAGAUACACCCUGAACAUCCUGGAGGACCUGGGCGACGGCCAGAAAGUGACCGACGACACCAUCGUGGGCUGGGUCAACGACACGCUCACACAGGCUGGAAAACCCACCAUCAGCAGCUUCAAGGACGGGUCUAUCAGCAGCAGCAUGCCGGUUCUGGACCUGAUCGAUGCCAUCCAACCUGGAUCCAUCAGAUACGACCUGCUGAAGACAGAAGACCUGACUGAAGAGGAGAAACUCAACAACGCAAAAUACGCCAUCUCCAUGGCGAGGAAGAUCGGCGCCCGGGUGUACGCACUACCUGAGGACCUGGUGGAGGUCAAACCCAAGAUGGUGAUGACGGUGUUUGCCUGCCUCAUGGCUCGUGGCAUGAAGAGAGCCUGAAGAGUCUGCCACCGGUAGCUCUGACUUUAAACAGAACAAACCCUCCAUCAGUAAUACUGAAUAUUCCAGGUUUCUGCUAAUUUACGGUUCGUUACACAUUUCAAAAUAUUGAUGUCUGAAGGUAAAGAGGCUGAUUUGCUUUAGCUCACGUUCACUUCAGAAGAGUUCAGGCUUUACACUCAAGCAGGACGUCACUUCUGUUUCUAUAAACAAUCAGAUUGGUUCAGUUUAUUUGAAUGUUUUUCUUUAACAUGAUCGUCCGCAGCAGUAAAGCAGGUGAAUCGUGACGGAUUUGUUUUUCUUUGCAGCGCUGCAUGUUCCACCUUCAGUUACUGUUUGUUCUGUGGCGACUGUCUGACCUGCUCAGUUGAUUACAGACACAUUCCAAUCACAACCUUUACGCCAAAUGUACGCAACAAUAAACACAUUUUUGUACUUAAA